CACAAUAACAAAUAACAUUAAAUAAACGUUAUGGAACUUGUAGACCAAUUACAUAAACCGGCAGAUAAACAGAUGAUUCAGCGUUGAACUUUGUUUAUCAGGGAGCUUAGUUACAUUUGUUAAAUAUAUACGCUGCACUGUUAUGAGUUACUCAUUUUUCCCCUUGACCUCCCGCGCGAGAAUAAAUUACAUUAGUGCUCCAUUAUUGAGUCCAGUCGUUCGAGCUACAGUCGUCGCGACCGCGCCACAGCCGCGCGUACAAACAAAAAUGAAGCUACCGCUACUAGUUGUAUUCACGUUCAUAUUAAUAUUAGGACACAGUGAGUGCCGACACACCUCCUCAUGGUUCCCAAGCAUAUUCGACACCUUCACCAACAGGACCACACAACUCACAAAUUAUGUGCGCGAAAGAGGAAGACGUUUAAGGAACUAUUACGUUGAAAGUGUACGAAACAAGUUCACAUCGUAUUUAGGAAUUAACUCCAGUACGACCACGGAAUAUCCAGAUGAUAAUGGAGAUAAACAAUCGAGGAUCAAGAGAAAAUUCAGGGAUUUCACCGAAACCGAGGCGACCGAACCAAUAGGGUUCAACACCGUCGCACCGAACGAAAUAGAGGACAAGUGUAAAGAUGACGACCCCACGGUCCUGAUGACGACCCCGCAGCUCAUUGCUAUCCACGGCUACCCAGCGGAGUCCCACACUAUUGUCACAGACGACGGCUACAUAUUAACUGUUCACAGAAUUCCUUAUUCUAAAAAAGCAUCGUCUAAAGUAAUUUCUCGGAAAACAGUGUUGUUGCACCACGGCUUACUCGGAAGCUCCGCAGACUGGGUGAUACCGGGGCCCAAAAGAGGUUUAGCGUAUAUUUUAUCCGAAGCCGGCUACGAUGUCUGGCUUGCUAACGUUCGAGGCAACACUUAUUCCAGAGCUCACGUUUCAAGGAGUAUUGACUCGUUUGAGUUUUGGAACUUCACCUUUCACGAGGUCAGCCAACACGACCUCCCUGCGGUCAUCGAUUACAUUAUGGAGGUUAAGGGGUGGGACGUGAAAAUAAACUAUAUCGGACACUCCAUGGGAACCACAGUACUGUUUGCAUUGUUGUCUACUAAAACACAUUACAAUAAGGUCCUAAGAGCAGGCUUUGCUUUAGCUCCUGUCGCCUAUAUGACUGAAAUAAAAAGCCCGAUACGAUUACUAGCCAAGUUUAGUCAAAGCAUAGAGUACCUCUUAAAAUUACUCGGAGCUAAUGAGUUCCUUCCGCAAAACGCAGUACUAAGAUGGUUAUCAAAACAUAUGUGUGAGAUAAAUCAUUACGAGCAAGUUAUAUGUGAAAAUUCAAUGUUUGUGUUAUGCGGAUACGACGAGAAAGAAUUCAAUAAGACUCUGUUGCCUUCAAUAUUGGGUCAUGUGCCGGCGGGGGCGUCUACUAAGACGCUUAUUCAUUACGCGCAAGAAAUUAGAAACGAAGGUAAAUUCCAGAUGUUUGACUUUGGAGAAGAGGGGAAUUUCAAGCAGUACGGAAGCAUAACUCCGCCAGAAUAUCCGAUACACAAAAUCACCUUACCCAUAGCUCUGUUUAGUUCACAGAACGAUUGGUUGUCAGGUGAUAUCGAUGUGACGAAUUUGUACGUGCAAUUAGUGAACCCGAUCGACCAUUACAUAGUGCCAUUAAAGGAAUUUAAUCAUAUAGACUUUUUGUGGGCGAUCGACGCUCCCUCGCUUGUGUACUCAAAAUUGUUGCAGUUGAUGGAGGAAGGUGUAAGCAAACCCUACGCUGAUAUGGAUAUUUUAGAUACGAACUUGUUAGAUGACUAGAUAAUGCCAUGGAUUGUAAAUAAAGACAUACGCUUCUCAAGUUGUAAUCGUAUUUUUAUUAUUUUGUUAAGUGAUCAGAAUGGGUGUAGAUAGGAAUGAUAUGUUUGUAUUUGACUCAAGUUACAUAAAUUGUGUUUGUAUUCCUUUUUUUAAAUGCUUUGAAGCAUAAUUUUGGCUUAGACACACUUUUCACUAGUAUUCACUGAGGGAACGUUGUUAUUAUGUAAGCAACGUCUCGGUAAACAUAAUACAAUAUUGGAGACCUAUCAAAAUUAGGUAAGAUAGCAUUGCUGUUCUUUGUCCGCUAAACAAUAAAUGAUUACAAAACAUGA